CAUCGGAGCUGCUAUAGGCGUGUACUGAAUGCCUACCGUGGUCGGCCGGUGCGGAGAGCAGUGUGCACCGGGCAGGGUGCCACCAUGGAGAUCACUCACUCAGUGAAGGAGAGGACAAUUGCUGAAAACAGCCUCAUAAUCCUCUUGCAAGGGUUACAUGGACUGGUCACCACUGUUGACCUACGAAAUGAAAGCUCUGCCAGGGGGACUAUCAUAAAUGUGGAUGCGUUUAUGAAUAUUCGCCUGCAAAAGGUUAUUUACACAGAUCGCCAUGGUCAGGAGGCCAAACUAGAUGAAUUGUUUGUUACUGGGCGCAAUGUGAGGUAUGUUCAUAUCCCUGAGGAAGUUGAUAUAAUCCAUACAAUUGAAGAACAGCUGAAGAAGAUACAAAACAUCCGUGGGUUUGGUUCAAAGGGAAGAAAAGAAUUUGCCCCGAAAAAGUUCAAGUGAACCUCCAUCACAAAGGGAAUGAACUUUUUUUUUUUUUUUUUUUUUUUUUUCUUCCUUGUCCCGACAAGUACAUGUCAUAAAACUUUUUCAUUACAUUUAUGAAAUGUCAAUCAAAAACAGAUAUUCCCUUGAACAAGUAGCACAUAUCCCCAAAAAAACUUUUGGGACACCUUCUUUGUGACUUUAGGCACGUUCCAUUGACUUCUAAUGCAUUUGGUCUUAUGAGGAAUAAAAGUUUAGGUCUCA